AUGGAUGCCAGGAAGGAGAGCACACUCAUCUCGACCGAGGACCUGGCCCCUGCAAGUCCACUGCUCGUGGAGGCUGCCAAGCCUGCACUGGAGGACUGCUGCUGCACCUCGGAAGACCUAGCUGUCGAAGAGGACAUGCCGGGCGAAAACGAGGAAACAGAGAGGUCCCCAGAUUGUGGCCUUGGAUCAGAAAUGCAGGAUUGUGGCCAAACAACAGACAUCACCCUGCAAUCUAUGGCCCUCCUAGAAGAUGAAAAUCGGCAGCUGAUGUCAGAUCUGAGAGACGCAAGAGCAAAACUUGCAGCUCAUUGCCUGGAUGAGGACGCCUUCCAGGAAAACAAGGACAUGGUCCCUUUCUACACUGGCCUUCCUAACUUUGCAAUUCUGUUAGCCGUUUUUCAGCUCAUCCAACGUCGAGUGAGCCACAACGAUCGCAAUUGCCUGACAAAGUUUCAGGAGAUGAUUGUAUUCCUGAUCCGCCUGCGUCUGAACACUCCACUGCAAGACUUGGCGUACAGGUUCCAGGUAUCGCAGCCCACCAUCUCAAGGAUAGUCGACAGGUGGCUGGAAGCUGCGUUCACGUCAAUGGCCAGUGGGGUUGCUUGGCUUCCGAGAAACGUUUUGCGAGAGACUAUGCCAAUGGCUUUUCGCGAGACGUUUGGCACACGAGUGGCGGUGGUGCUGGACUGUUUUGAGGUGUUUAUAGCUCGGCCAUCGUCUCUUCUCACGAGGGCGCUGACAUGGUCGAGCUAUAAACAUCACAAUACAGUGAAGUACCUAAUCGGUAUCGCCCCACAGGGUUUAAUUACAUUCAUAUCGAAGGGUUGGGGAGGACGAACAAGUGACAAGUAUUUGACAGAGAAUUGUGGGGCUCAGUUGGCAUGUACUGCGCACGCUUGGAAAUUCCUGCCUUCACAAGAGGCCGGCCACAACUGGCACCUUCUGCGGUUGAGGCAACACGAAAGCUAG